UGUUAGUAGUAUUGCCCAAGGCUUCCCUGGAGCGGCUGGAAUUGUUUCUGCUGGGGGAGACACUCAGCAGCCUGGGCUCUGGGGGACUGAGGCAGCGUCAGCUAGCCUUGAAGAGCUACGAUGGCGGUCAACAAGGACCCAACCUUGGUGGAUGGAGACCUCCCUGAGCAGGAGAACGUGUUGCAGAGGGUCCUGCAGCUGCCGGUGGUAAGCGGCACCUGUGAGUGUUUCCAGAAGACCUACACCAGCACCAAGGAAGCUCACCCGCUGGUGGCCUCUGUAUGCAAUGCCUACGAGAAGGGUGUGCAGGGCGCCAGCAGCCUGGCGGCCUGGAGCAUGGAGCCGGUGGUCCGCAGGCUGUCCACCCAGUUCAUAGCUGCCAACGAGCUGGCCUGCCGUGGCCUGGACCACCUGGAGGAAAAGAUCCCAGCCCUCCAGUACCCACCUGAAAAGAUCGCCUCUGAGCUGAAGGACACCAUCUCUACCCACCUUCGCAGUGCCCGCAAUAGCAUCAGCGUGCCCAUCGCCAGCACUUCGGACAAGGUCCUGGGGGCCGCUCUGGCCAGCUAUGAGCUCGCCUGGGGGGUAGCCAAAGACACUGCCGAGUAUGCCGCCAACACCCGAGCCGGCCGGCUGGCCUCCGGAGGGGCUGACUUGGCCCUGGGUAGUGUUGAGAAGAUGGUAGAGUUCCUCCUCCCUUCAGCCAAGGAAGGGUCAGCCCCUGCUCCAGGACAGCAGCAGGCCCAGAAGCCCCCCAAAGCCAAGCCGAGCCUCGUGCACAGGGUUGGGGCCCUGGCCAGCACCCUCUCUCAACACACCUUCCAGACCACAGCCGGGGCACUGAAGCAGGGCCACGCCCUGGCCAUGUGGAUCCCAGGUGUGGCACCCCUGAGCAGUCUGGCCCAGUGGGGCGUGGCGGCCGCCAUGCAGGUGGUGUCCCGGCGGCAGAGUGAGGUGCGAGUGCCCUGGCUGCACAACCUCGCCGCCACCCAGGACGAGGACCACGACGACCGGACGGACACGGAGGGAGAGGAGACGGAGGAGGAGGAGGAAUCUGACACCGAGGAGAACAAGCUCAGCGAGGUGGCAGCCCUGCCCAGCCCGCAAGGCCUCCUGGGCAGCGUGGCGCACGUGCUGCAGAAGGCCACGUGGAGCACCAUCUCAGCCGUGACAUGGGCGCCUGUGGCUGUGCUGGGCUCGGCGGCGAGGAUGCUGGGCCUCAGCCCGGCCCGCGCCACCUCCCCCACCAAGGGGAGGGCCAUGUCCCUGUCAGACGCCCUGAAGGGCGUCACUGACAACGUGGUAGAUACGGUGGUCCACUACGUGCCGCUCCCCAGGCUGUCGCUGAUGGAGCCCGAGAGCGAAUUCCGGGACAUCGAAGAGGCCGAGCGCCGGGAGGCGGAGGUGGACGCGCCCGCCGCAACGCGCCCGGCCUUCCCGGCGGUGGCCCGCGAGAAGCCGAGGCGCAGGGUCAGCGACAGCUUCUUCCGGCCCAGCGUCAUGGAGCCCAUCCUGGGCCGCGCGCAGUACAGCCAGCUGCGCAAGAAGAGCUGAACCCCGCGCCUCCGCCCGGCCGCCGUCCCGCCCGCCGCCCCGACGGCGAGGCCGGGACCGGCUCUCCGCACAGAAGCAGAACCUGCACUUCCGAGGGAGCGGUGCCUU